CUGUAUUUCUCAGUAUUUCGUCCUCGCCCGAAAUCACCCCCCCAACUUCCCUCUCAUCUCAUUGCAAGCAACGUUAGCGUUUUUGGAGCAAGUUAAAACGGAGAAGCCUAGAUUAAGGUCAGCGAAAGGAGAAGAAGAAGAAGAAGAAGAAUAUCCUAAUUGUAUUUACCGUGAGGAAAAUCGGCUGGACUCUUGUUCAAUUGGGUUCGCUCGUUUUUCGCAUGGUUGGAGAGAUUUGGCAGGACGGAAGGCGAUUUUCCUGAUCUGGGUUGGUUGUGUUUGAAGGGAUGAUGGAUUGCAGGGUGUGUGUGGCGGUCGAGGAGAAUAAUAAUAAUAAUAAUAAUAAUAAUUUAUGGGGGGUGAAGGGUGGGGAGUUUAGCCACGAGAGCGAGCACGACCUUGCCUUGAUGGUCAGCGAUUUCUUAGAGAACGGGGGGAGCACGGGAAACGAGUCGUGGUGCAGCAGCGACGGCGAAUCUGGCCACGCCGAUCUCCCUCAUCUCGCCGACAAGAUUUCGUUUUAUAAGCGUUCAGUAGCGCAAUGUGAGAUUGACGUGCUCUCGCUGGUUCAUUCUCUUAUACUUUCUAUAAAUGAGACAGACCUUCAUCAUGUCAAGUCAGGUCCAUGUAAUGCUAGCUGCAUAAGGUUUUAUCUGGUAAAGCGUCUUAGGCUCUCCGGUCAUAAUGCUGCUGUUUGUGUGUCAAGGUGGCAGCGUAGCAGCAAGGUCCCUGGAGGAGAUCAUGAAUAUAUUGAUGUGGAAGAUUGCAACAACAGUGGAUGCUCCGAACGUUUGAUCAUUGAUGUUGACUUUCGAAGCCACUUUGAAAUAGCUAGAGCAGUUGAUUCCUAUGAUCGGAUACUGAAUUUACUUCCAGUUGUUUAUGUUGGCUCAUUGACCAGGUUAAAACAGUUUCUCCCAAUCAUGGUUGAAGCUACUCGUUCUUCUCUGAAGCAAAAUUCAAUGCCUCUUCCUCCAUGGCGAUCACUUGCUUAUUUGCAGGCAAAAUGGAACUCACCAUACCAGAGGCAGUUCACUCCAGUUGAAGACAAUCUUAUAUGCAGUACUUUUCCCAGCAACAAACAGUGCAAUGGACAUUUAAAAAGGCUUCAAUCUUCGCUUCAUUCUGAGAUUGAAGCAGAGCGAAUGUUGAAACCCAAAAAUAGUGAUAAUGGCUGGAGGCUGAAGUUUGAUAGGAGGAGGCCCUCAUAAUUCCGGGCUGUUUGACAAAGAAUUUUGCCUUAGAUGCAAAUCAAAAUUUUGUCCUUGGAUGCGAGUUACAUUUUUGAGAAUAUUUGUAUUGCGGCUUUUCUUUUAGUAAUUUUUUUUCCUGAAGAUCAAAUAAGUCUAUCCCAGAAUGAAAGGAAAGGUUCAUGUGGCUGGCAGCAAUCACACGCCAUACUUAUUCUGGAGGCAUCUUUUUCCCAUCUCAAGCUGGGGAGCCAUACAUUUUCUUUCACUUUUUGACUGGCAGUGCGUGAUGGUAUGAGGUUUCAAGAAAUCAGGGGCAGCUGGUGAAUGAUGAACAGAUUCUACAGCUGUCAAGUUGCUUGGUACUUGCUUUACUAGCUACGUAUGUCAUCAUAAUUACUAUAAAUUUUGCUUGGUUUUGUUUGAGUAUCAUCUUGAGUGAUUCCUUGCCUUGUAUUUUUUGGGCACAGGGAUCUUUUUGUCAUGUUUUUUGUUCCUUCUCAUUCCAAUAUGUGGUUUCAGUUUUGAACAUCUAGCUGCAUAUCUCGUGCUGGCUGCUGCAAUAAAAAUAUAUAUAUGUUUCUGAG